AUGUCUGGUAUUGGCUCCAGAAGCUAUCUCUGCAUUGCGUGGCUGUUUGCGAAUGCCGCUUCCACAGUUGCUAUCCGGCUGGUCACUUACCCUUUCCGAAGUGUGCGGGCACCGACGUUAUGCAAAGAUGUACUCAACGCGGCUGUGCGGUGCAUGCUGGACUACCUCACCAUUGCAGACUCCCGGUACCUAAAUCCGCAAACAAGCGAUCGCUACGUCCGGCUGUACUGUAGACCCAGAGGUCUUGAACCGAAGUCCCUUGAGAUUGACAGCAAGAAUGGUCGAGCUGUUGCACACUGGAUAGGAGAUCCAGAUGCUGAGGCUGUGAUACUCUACUGCCAUGGAGGUGCAUACACACAGCCAGCAAAUGCAGGCAACUUUCGUUACCUGGCUGGCCUUGUGAAGACUCUAAAUAACAAACCAAGAAGUCGCUCCGUAUCCGUGUUAUUGUUGGCCUACACAUUGGCUCCCGAAAGCGUGUAUCCCACACAGUUGAGGGAAGCAGCUGUUGUACUGGCACACCUCAUCCGAGAAACUGGGCGCUCACCAUCCGAGAUCUUCAUUGCCGGCGACUCUGCGGGCGGAAAUUUGGCCUUCUCAUUGCUCUCGCAUCUGUUGCACCCUCAACCCGAUGUUCCUGCUGUGAAGCUCGAAUGUCCCCUUGGUGGUGUUUUGCUGAUUAGUCCCUGGGUAAGCUUUCGUACCGACUACAUUAGCUUCAAAACCAACGCGACCCUGGACAUGCUGACGCCUCUCGCUUUGCGCAAAUGGGGCGCAAUGUUCUUGGGCAAAGUGAACGACUCGAACCCUGAAGCUGAUCCGGGGCCAAUAUCUGGCGACAGUUGGACCGAAGCCUGCCUCAACCCCCCGUCUUGGUGGAACGGCAUGCCCCAAGUCGUGAGCGAUGCGUUCGUUUGGUCGGGUGCCUACGAAGUGUUGAAUGACUCCAUAAGAGAGCUGGAGAAGAGGUUCAUGGAAGGGUGGGCGACAGGUGGCGGCAAUCUUAACCGAGUCAGAUUUUUUGAAUCAGCAAGAGAAGCUCAUGUAGCGCCCAUCGUUGAUAUCAUGAUUCCUGGGGUAAAGAAGAGCGACGCGCAAAUCGCGAUUGAAGAGUGGUUCAAGGGCCGAUUGCAACGAUGA